AUGCAUUCUGAAUUUGAAAUGAGUCUUGUUGGUGAGGUGACUUACUUUCUUGGGCUCCAAGUCAAACAAAUAUAUGACACUAUCUUUAUCUCUCAAAGCAAGUAUGCUAAGAGUAUAGUAAAGAAUUUUGGCAUGGAAAAUGUUAGUCAUAAAAGAACACCUGCAUCAACCCACUUGAAAUUGACUAAAGAUGAAAAAGGUGUAAAUGUGGAUCAAAGUCUGUACAUGAGUAUGAUUGGUAGCUUGAUGUAUCUUAAAGCUAACAGACCUGACAUUACAUUUGUUGUAGGACUAUGUGCAAGGUAUCCGUUUGAACCCAAAAUGAGUCAUAUCACUCAAGUAAAAAGGAUCAUGAAGUAUAUUAAUGGAACUAGUGACUAUGGAAUGUUGUAUUCUCAUAAUGCAAAUCCCUUGCUUGUAGGAUAUUGUGAUGCAGAUUAG